AUGAACAAGGUCCUUUCAACCACUCUUUGCUUUGGACUCCUAACUUUGUUAACUGUAAUGAGUUUUUUGGAAUUGGUGCAUGGACAGCCAUAUCUUACCCAAGGCAAUGAAACAGUGAUUAUUAUAUUUCCAGAUAAAGAAGACACAAAUCAUAAGGAACUACUGCUGGCUCUACUGAAUAAAUAUUUUGAUUUCCAAAGACCUUUUAACAUUGGAAUGACGGGUGGUCUUAAAUCAUACGAAAAAAGACUUUGCCUUCCACAUAAGAUCCUGAAUGCAUGUCCUGAAUUGGAAAAGCUAAAAGAGCAGUUCAUGGAGGCAAAAGAUGUUGACAUAUCCUAUGCUAUAGAUGGUCCAUCUUCUUCCCAUCCAAGCAAGCAAGCGUGCUUUUGGAAAUACUGUGUCUGA